UGGCGUCAGUUGGGGAGUGACGAGAGCAAAAAAAACGCGCUUCGUGAGCUGUUACACUUUAUUGAUUAAUGUUAUUGAUUAAGAGUAUUUUGGCUCCGUGUGUGCUUCGGCGGUCGUUCUACACGAGCGCUGUGCAUCUUGCCCCUAAACAGAAGGGGAAGAAGGAUGGUGGCAGUUCUCAGCGCGUGACGGCUGCUCAGACUGAGAACCCCUGUGACGAGCAUUUGUUUAACAUAUAUGCUGGGAUUCCUGUGGAUCACACUAUAUUGCCAGAUGAAGCUUAUCCUAGUUGGCUUUGGGACUUAGACAAGCCUGAUAGGACAUAUGGCGAGCUUAUGAAGAUGUUUGUCUAUGGUCAAGGUAUUGAGUCUGCUCGUAUGAGCGAUUACAAGCGUUUUCGUCGUUUGCACAAUCGGUCGUUGAUUAAGCUGAACAAUUUGCGCUUGCAGAAACAAAGGAAGUUUCAGAUCAAGGGUCACCUCUGGGAUAAUUGAUAUCAUACCGUGUAUAUGGUAUCAACUGGCCCAUAUAAUAGACAGCUUGAUAUGUAUAAACUAUGCUAAUAUUUUAUAUCGCAUAU